GUGUCCCGGGCCCGGAUGCUCUCCGCUCUUGCAGGUGUCUGCAGCUCCUCUCUUGUUUCGGGCCGAGCCCUGCAUCCUUUCCUCGCCCAGCUGGGUGUGGCAGAUGCUUGGACCUGUCGCCCGAGGACGUAGAGGUUUUCUUUUGGCCGCUGGAAGGCCGUCUGCUCAGGUGAUGGAGGAAUGCAGAUUCCACCGUAGGAGCUGGGGACAAGAAGGUGAUCUUGAAGCCUGAAUUUCUGGGGAUGAAAAUUCACAUAAUAUGAUGUCAGAUAAACUCACUGUGCUGGAGCCCCCCAUCUCUGAGCCCGGGGAAUUUCAUGAAGACAGAUUAGUGCAGCUGUUGGGGAAUCCAGAAAGGAAGAUCCUAGAGAGUCCCCCCACUCAGGAGGGGAACCUCAAACAGAUGCCAGUGACCCACUGGAAAAUUCAAACAGGAGAAACAGCCCAGAUGUGCAGUAAGUCAGGAGGGAAUCCUACUCUUAACUCAAACCUUCUUAUACUCCAGAGAGAGCUUAUAGAAGGGGAGGCCCAUUCUUGUGGUAUUGGUGGCAAAAGCUUCCCGUUGAGUUCAAGUGUAGUUCCACAGCAGGCUUCUCAUACAGGGGAGAGGCCUUACCAGUGUGCUCACUGUGGGAAAGGCUUCAGUCAGAACUCCCUCCUCACGGAACAUCAAAGAGUCCACACUGGGGACAGACUCUAUGUGUGCAGUGUGUGUGGGAAAGACUUUAUUCACUAUGCAAACCUAGUUGAACAUCAACGUGUCCACACAGAAGAAAAACCGUUCAAGUGUGCACAGUGUGGAAAAGCGUUUUGUCACAGUUCAGACCUGCUUCGGCACCAGAGGGUCCACACCAGAGAGAGGCCUUUCGAAUGCAAGGAGUGUGGGAAAGGGUUCAGUCAGAGCUCCUUACUCAUUCGCCAUCAAAGAAUCCACACAGGAGAGAGACCCUACGAGUGUAAUGAGUGUGGAAAAUCUUUCAUUCGGAGCUCAAGCCUUAUUCGGCAUUACCAGAUCCACACGGAGGUCAAACAGUAUGAAUGCAGGGACUGUGGGAAAGCCUUCCGACACCGCUCCGACCUCAUUGAGCACCAGAGGAUUCACACUGGAGAGAGACCCUUUGAGUGUCAUGAGUGUGGGAAGGCCUUUAUCCGAAGCUCAAAGCUCAUUCAGCAUCAGAGAAUUCAUACUGGAGAGCGACCUUACGUAUGCAAUGAGUGUGGCAAGCGUUUCAGUCAGACAUCCAACUUCACUCAGCAUCAGAGAAUCCACACAGGGGAGAAACUCUAUGAGUGCAAAGACUGUGGGAAAGCCUUCUUCCUGAGUUCAUACCUUAUCCGGCACCAGAAGAUCCACACUGGGGAGCGGGUGUACGAAUGCAAAGAAUGUGGCAAGGCUUUUCUGCAGAAGGCCCACCUCACUGAGCACCAGAAGAUCCACACUGGAGACAGACCGUUUGAGUGCAAAGACUGCGGGAAAGCCUUCAUCCAGAGCUCUAAGCUGCUGCUGCAUCAAAUUGUCCAUACUGGAGAGAAGCCUUACGUGUGCAGUUACUGCGGGAAAGGCUUUAUACAAAGGUCCAACUUCCUUCAGCACCAGAAGAUGCAUACUGAAGAGAAGCUCUGCAAGUACAGCCAGCAUGGAAAAGAUCUUACCCCACCCCCAGAUCUUGUCCAGCAGGGUGAUCUUUCCCUGAGUGAGACUUCCAUUCAUUUAGGAGAGGACGCUACAGAUCAGGAGUGUCAUGCAGAUAAUUGAUAAGACAGUCACUCUCGGAGUCAGUAAGUGGUGCUUGGAAAUGGGCAUACUUAGUUAUAGCUAAGAUGUGGAUUGCCACAGUUUUCCAAGUCACAGAUGGGCUGCUUUCCGUUAAGUCUCUUGUCUGUCACCAGACCAGGAAAGCUGAGGGACUGGACAGCUGGCUUUGAGCUGAACACUGAGGGGGAGCCUGUAGAGAAUUUUCUAGGUUUUCUCUGAAGUUCCAGCACACCAUUGAUUUCAACCCUUUCAGAGCAGAGCUGAAUUGCUUGAGAAGUGGUUACCUAUCUGAAAGGUUGAAGAACGGGCUUUUCUCAUGCGACACUGUAAGUGGUUCCUGUUUGGGAGUAAACUGCAAGCCCUGGGGUUCAGCCCCUGGCUUUGCUUUCUGACUGUCUGGCCUCUGCUCGCACAUCCUCCAGACUCUUCCCACUCCUGUUUCUCAUGGUCUCUCGCCUUGUCCAAGCUGUUCCUGGUUAUUAUGUGAGGCCUCUCUCAGGCACCAUGCCCCAAAAUGCUUCCUUGGUACUGAGCUGGGUCUGUGUCCUGUGGUUGUUUCUCAGUGCUAACCUCUGCUGCUGCACUUGCUUUUAAAUUUCACAGUUUCGAAUUCUUUCUUUUUCAUUGUGCUCUGUUCCCCGAGGACAGUGAUCAUGUGUCAUUGAUUCCUAUGUCCCUAGUGUCUAGCACAUGACAAUAAACAAUAAAAACCCAAGUCUGUGCAAUUGGCA